GUCAGCUAUAAUGUGAACUUCGUCGGCCUCUCGCAUACAUCCGUAUCCUUCUCACAGCCAUCGCGUCUCUCGAUGUCGACAUACCCAAUUCAAUGGUUGGAUACGACGUUCAACUCGCCCAGCAGAGCACAGGAGCUGCUGCGGCCAGAUCUCGAGUCGGGCCUCAUCACGCCGCAUGAUUACCAGCUCGCGACGACCUUUCUACCAGGAUCUCAUCGUUACUGGCCGCACAUGUAUGCCGCCGUGGGCAGCGGCAUGACCGCAGGCUACGUACGGUAUUUGAGACGGCCACCCAUGUCACUUGGCCGGACAACACUUCUCGCCACGGUUAGCGGCUUCUUCGGUGCGGUAUACGGCCAAAUAUGUCGCGCCGAAGCGCAUUUCGCUUUCUCAGAGAUGCUGGAUGAUCCCGUUGCAUUCAGCCAAGCCUUAGAGAAUGUUAACAAGAGGAUGGGAGGCGUGCGGCCGCUUGGGUGGACUCUAGCAAGAGCAAAAGAGGUGAAACAUGGGGAGGGCGUGCAUGGGAACGCACCACGACCGGCUGAAGGCCAGUGGGCUCCAGACGCAGAAGGUGCAGAGAUGGGAGUCGGAUCUGCAGCUGUGCCCUCCAGGCCGGUUUCACUACCUGAGGAAUGUACGUCAUCGUUCAAUGCUUCUGCUUACGUUGUGAACGUUGCGAUGACGAAUGCGUCCCCCUCGAGUCGCUGGGACGCAAUUCGCACAGCCAAUGCGCGCAAUGCUGGCCAAACGUCUUCAUGGGAUGCUCUGCGGCAAAGUCAUGAACGCGCUCGUGUCCCGUCAAAUCCUGACCGUCCACCGGAGGAGCCUGAUCGAGCACGAGAGCAAGCGGAGUUUGAUGCAUUGUUGGAGGCGGAGAGGAAGCUCGGAAGUGGGUGA